GACACGCGGCCGGGGCGACGCGCGGAGCUGCAGGUCCCGCGUCCCCCUCCCGCCGGAUCGCUCGUGGAGCGCGUCGCCCGUAGGACGCGCCGCCGGUGGGGGCUCUUUCUUCCGGGACUCCCGAUCUGUUGUUUCGCCGCGCUGCCCCGGCUCGGCUUUCGCCGCUCUUCAGCCUGGACUUUGGAGGUGCGCGAGCGGGCAAGCGUCGGGAUUUUUCUGUUCCCAGCAAACUUCGGCACUCGCUGUCGCCGAGAUCCCGCGAGCAGUGAGGAGGCCGUCCCGCCCGCGGCCGCGCUCCCGGCGAGGGUCCCCAGCGGAGCGGCCGCGGCGCGAUUGGGAAGGACCCACGCUCGCUGAUGCCCGCAGAUGUUAGCGGUGGGACAGAUGGAUGCUAAUCGCCAGAGCGCAUUCGUCCUUAGCAGUGCGCCGCUAGCCGCGCUGCACAACAUGGCCGAGAUGAAGACCUCCCUGUUCCCCUACGCCCUGCAGAACCCCUCCGGUUUCAAGGCGCCGGCCCUGGGCGGACUCAACACGCAGCUCCCCUUGGGGACACCGCACGGAAUAAGCGACAUCCUGGGGCGGCCCGUGGGCAGUGCCAGCAACCUGCUGGGCGGGCUGCCCCGUAUCAACGGGCUGGCGGCCUCGGCCGGGAUGUACUUCAGCCCCGCUGCCGUCUCCCGCUACCCGAAGCCUCUGGCGGAGCUGCCGGGACGGCCGCCCAUUUUCUGGCCCGGAGUGGUGCAGGGCUCUCCUUGGAGAGAUCCCCGGCUCGCCUGUCCCGCUCAGACGGGGAUGGUUUUGGACAAGGAUGGCAAGAAGAAACACUCUCGACCGACUUUCUCUGGGCAGCAGAUAUUCGCUUUAGAGAAAACCUUCGAACAGACGAAGUACUUGGCAGGACCGGAGCGCGCCCGGCUCGCUUACUCCCUGGGGAUGACUGAGAGCCAGGUGAAGGUUUGGUUCCAGAACAGACGGACCAAGUGGCGGAAGAGACACGCGGCAGAGAUGGCCUCAGCAAAGAAGAAGCACGACUCGGAGACUGAGAAGCUGAAGGAGAGCUCGGACAAUGAGGACGAUGAUGAAUACAACAAGCCCCUGGACCCCAACUCAGACGAUGAAAAAAUCACGAGGCUAUUGAAAAAGCACAAAUCCACGAACCUAUCCCUCGUCAGCCCCUGCAGCACCAGCUCGGAUACGUUGUGAGGGUGCGGGGCCGAUGGCUGCACCGGGCGGCGUGGUGGGGGUGAGUGUAACUGGGUGUUUGAAGUGGUGUGUUGUACAGGCUAAGAUGUAUGUGAAGUGUAUAUAUUUUUUACAGAAUAAGUUAUGAAUUUAUUUUCUUUCUCAUCGAUGUAAAUUUCAGAGAAAUUUUUUCAACUUUUUUGGUUUUGUGUCCCUUUAAGGUUUCCCGCUCUUUCCUUUAGCCUUCCUGCUAAUUUCCUGCUCCUAACAAUCAGGUUUUGUUACGUUUUCUAUGGGUCCCAAGUCCGAGCUCAGCUACUUUGUAUAUAGUAAAUUUCAGAUUUUGUGCUGUAUAUUUCUAGUGUAAAAACGGCAGUUUUCUUUCACUCUGUCCCUCAGUGUUUUGGCAGUUUCAUUUCUCCUGCCUCUGGAUUUUAUCCUUAAUAAUACCAAAAAACCCAAACCAAUGCUCAAAAAAAGUGGACACUUGAUUUUACAUUAGAAUGUCUCCACACGUGUUGGAAAGACUUUGUAUAAAUCAAUAAAUUAUUUAACAACCUUC